AUGGUGCAACUCCGGGAGAUCCCGCGCACGGCGGUCUUCGCCUGGUCGCCGGGCACGGACAAGCCGUUUCUUGUGACGGGAACGCGUGCUGGCGCAGUCGAUGCCGACUUCUCUGACGAGACCAAGCUAGAGCUUUGGGACCUGAGCCUUGACAGCAAAGACGGCGUCGAGCUGCAGCCGGUCCACAGCAUAAGCACAGACUCCAGAUUCUACGAUAUUGCCUGGGGCCCACCGGACGAGGACUACCCGCGUGGUGUCAUCGCCGGAGCUCUGGAGAGCGGAGCUCUGGAGCUCUAUGAUGCGGAGAAGCUCGCACUAGGCGCAUCUGAUGCGCUCAUCGACAGUACGACGAGGCAUAGCGGGGCCAUCAAAACGCUGCAGUUCAAUCCGAUGCGGCCGCAGAUUCUGGCGACGGGUGGCGCCAAGGGGGAGCUGUUCAUCUACAACAUUGGAGACCUCCAGAACCCAUUCCGGUUGGGCAACGCGGCAGCGUCGCGUGCGGACGACAUCGAGGCGCUCGCAUGGAACAAGAAGGUGUCGCAUAUCCUGGCAACGGGAGGCAGUGGCGGUCAGGUGACGGUGUGGGACGUGAAGACCAAGAAGGCGUCUCUGACUCUUAACAACAACCGGAAGGCUGUCAGCGCGAUCGCAUGGGACCCGACCAACUCGACCAAGCUCAUCACUGCGAGUCCGGAUGACAACGCUCCGGUGAUCUACCUGUGGAAUCUGCGCAACUCGAAUGCUCCGGAGAAGACGCUCAGCGGCCACGAGGCGGGCGUAUUGUCGCUGUCGUGGUGCCAGCAAGACCCCGACAUUCUGCUGUCGUGCGGCAAGGACAACCGGACGCUUGUGUGGAACCCGCAGACGGGCGAGUCGUAUGGCGAGCUGCAGCAGGGCACGAACUGGGCGUUCCUGACGCGGUUCAACCCGGAGAACCCGAACCUGACGGCGACGGCGUCGUUUGACGGCAAGAUUACGGUGCAGACGCUGCAGAACACGAACAACACGGCCGAUGCGCAGGCUGCGGCACAGAGCAACCUGGACGGUGAGGACUUCUUUGCGUCGGCGCAUACUGCACCGCAGGUGGCAUCGUUCUCGCUGCCGAAGCCGCCAGCAUGGUAUCUGAAGCCGGUGGGCGCGACAUUUGGGUUCGGCGGCAAGGUGGUGUACUUUACUCUGAACGACACGCCUGCUGGACAGCCUGCGUCGUCUACGGUUCACAUUGGGCACUUCUCGGCCGACGCCAAGGUUGCUCCGACGACGGAAAAGUUUGAAGAGGCACUGCAGUCGGGUGACGUCAAGGCGAUAUGUGCGUCGCACAUCGAGACGGCCAAGACGGAUGAGGAGAAGGCAGACUGGGAGGUGCUAGGGACGCUUGUGGAUGCGAACCCGCGCCAGAGGGUGAUUGAGCGGCUGGGAUUUGACAAGGACGAGGCGACGGAGGAGGAUACGAACGGCGUGGUGACGGAGGAGAAGAAGGCGCAGGAGGAAGAGAAGGAAGAAGACAGUUUGGCGUCGACAGACGGAAAGAAGACGGACAAGGAUCAGCUGUCUAGCUUUUUUGACGACAAGGGCGAUACGGGCGGCGACGAGGACGACUUCCUCGCAGGUCUGUCGGCGGCAAAGGACGAAAAGGACGCAAAGGACGAGAAGAAGACGAAGACGAACGGUCCAUUUCACCUGCUGGGAAGCGGCAACACGGCGCUCGAGGACACGAUCACGAAGGCGGUGAUGCUGGGCAAGUUUGGGCGGGCGGUGGACAUCUGCCUCAAGGAGAACCGGAUCGCGGACGCGUUUGUGAUUGCCAACUGCGGCGGCAAGGAGCUGGUGCAGAAGGUGCAAGCAGCAUAUCUGGCGGAAACGCAGGGGACGCCGAGCUACCUGCGGCUGCUGAACUCGGUGAUUGCGGAGGACCUUCGGGACGUGGUGCAACAGGCGGAUCUGGCUAACUGGAAGGAGGCGCUGGUGACGCUGUGCACGUUUGCGAAGCCGGAGGAAUUCCCCAAGUUCUGCGAGGGACUCGGCGACCGGAUUCUGGAGGCGGGAUCGCGCAAGGACGCGUCGUUCUGCUACCUGGUGGGCUCGCGGCUGGAGAAGGUGGUGCAGAUCUGGAUCAGCGAGCUGGACGAGGCGGAGAAGGCGGGAGUGCAGGCAGACGCGACAGACUCGUCGUACUCGGUGCAUGCGAAGUCGCUGCAGCAGUUCAUUGAGAAGGUGACCGUGUUCCGUCACGUGACCAAGUUUGAGGACGGCGAGGCGAGCCUGACGUCGGGCUGGAAGCUGGCGGCGCUGUACGACAAGUACAUUGAGUUUGCAGACAUUGUGGCAGCGACAGGACUGAUGUCGGUUGCGCAAAAGUACCUGAACCUGGUGCCGACGACAUACGAAGCGGCCGAGGUGGCGCGAAACCGGGUGCAGCUGGCAUUGCAGAAGACGACGGCGGUGCCGCAGCAUCGGGCAGCGACAGCAGCUGGACAAUCGCGGGUGCCCAAGUCGCGUACGCCAGCACAGCCGCAGGCGGUUUUAAACAGCGGGAGUCCUGUGAUGGCUGCGAUGCCACGACCUGCUGCGAUGUCUGUGAGCUCGGCAACGAACCCAUAUGCGCCUCCUCACGUGACCUCGGCAGCUCCAGUCAAUCCCUAUGCACCUCACGUGACGCCAGCAGCUCCGGCCAACCCAUAUGCGCCGCCCGGUGUCGGAGGACGGACGAGCAACAGCCCGUAUGCACCGCCUUACGGACAACCACAGCAGACGUCAGCUUAUGCGCCGCCGACGGGGCCGUACGGAGCACCGGUAACGACGCCGGCCUACGGAGCACCGCCGCGCAACUCGACGACAUCGGCACCGCCUCCAUCGCGAACGGUGGAUGCCGGCAGCUGGAACGACGUGCCCAUGGUGACGCGGCCGCCAGUGCGGAGAGCGACCCCCAACAUGGCGCCCAUCACAGCGCCGUUCGGAGCCCAGCAGACAGCAGUGGGACCUCCUCCGGCCGGCCUCUACAGUCCAUCUGGUCCUCGCGGAACAGCGACGCCGCCUCCUCCGCCCAAGGGCUCGGCACCGCCACGUGUGACAUCCCCGCUCGCAGGACCGCCUCACAACUCUGCAGCGGCCGUGCUGUCGCCACCACCGCGUCCGACUUCGUCGGCCGCAAACACAUAUGCACCGCCACCACCUGCAGUAGGGAGCAACACGCCUGCAGCCAUGGUGCGGCCACCCCCUCGGACGGAGUCGCCCUACAACCAGCCGCCGCCUGGACCGGCACCCACGAACCGGUAUGCUCCCGUGGCGGCUGUGCAGCAGGCGUCCAGCGCCGGGCCACCGAUCGGGUUUGCACCGCCGCCUUCAGCAGCAGCCACGCAUGGCCGAUACGCACCGGCGCCCUCGCCCUAUGAGAUGACACCCGGCCAUAUUGGCCAGCCGCUGCACCAGCAGCACCAGCAGCACCAGCAGCAGCAGAGCAUGCCGCCAAUGGUGCCGGCUGGACCACCGCGUGCUAGUCCGGCUGGGUCGGCCAUGGCGACAUCGCCGCCGCCGUCGCAAGCACCUUCGCAGCCGACACCACCGCCGGUCCGCAAGACGAGAUACCCGGCAGGCGACCGGUCGCACAUCCCGCCGCACGCGCAGCGUCUGGUGCAGAUCCUGGACGCGGACCUACAACGUGUGGCGGCCAAGGCGCCGCCGGCAUUUGCGGCACAGGUCAAGGACACGAACAAGCGGCUGAACCUGCUGUUUGACCAUCUCAACAAUGCGGAGCUGAUCAAGGAAGACACGGUGCACCAGCUGCACCAGCUGGCCGAAUCGCUGGAGGACAAGGCCUUUGACGCGGCACAGCGGGUGCAGGUGGAGAUUCAUCGUGCGAAGCCGGAAGAGUGCGGCAACUGGAUGGUCGGUGUCAAGCGCUUGAUUGCCAUGAGCAAGGCCACGCCGUAG